AUGGUAAACUUCACUGUUGAUGAGGUCCGUGCGCUCAUGGACUACCCCGAACAGAUCCGCAACAUGUCCGUGAUUGCACACGUUGAUCACGGCAAGUCGACGUUGUCCGACUCGCUUGUGGGGGCUGCCGGUAUCAUCAAGAUGGAGGAUGCCGGUGACAAGCGCAUUAUGGACACCCGUGCCGACGAGAUUGCGCGUGGUAUUACGAUCAAGUCAACCGCCAUUUCCAUGCACUACCACGUGCCGCCGGAGAUCAUCGCCGACCUCCCCGACGACAAGCGUGACUUCCUGAUCAACCUGAUCGACUCUCCCGGGCACGUGGACUUCAGCUCCGAGGUGACCGCGGCACUCCGUGUGACCGACGGUGCCCUCGUUGUUGUCGAUUGCGUGGAGGGUGUGUGUGUGCAGACGGAGACGGUGCUGCGCCAGGCACUGACGGAGCGUAUCCGCCCUGUUGUGUUCAUCAACAAGGUGGACCGCGCCAUCCUGGAGCUGCAGCUGGAUCCCGAGGAGGCGUACCAGGGCUUCGUGAAGACGCUGCAGAACGUGAAUGUCGUGAUUUCUACGUACAACGAUCCUGUGAUGGGCGACGUGCAGGUGUACCCCGAGAAGG